CUGGACUUACCCCACCGACAUGCAAAGCUAACCCCAAGCCAGUACGCGCAAUUUAUUGUACCGUUGCUGAUAAGUAUUAAAAUGGAGUCUGUUAUUGUCUUUGGAAGCGGCUUUUUGGGAGGUCAUAUUCUUCGUCAGUUGAGUCAGCGCAAGGGCCUGCGUAUUGCUGCAUUCGAUGUGCGUGCAAACGAAGAACUGCAAAAGGAGCUUGAAGGAAAGUUCGAAAUGUUCACUGGUGAUAUCACGAACAAGGAGGACGUAGAGAAGGCUCUUAAGACGUUCAAGCCUCAGGUGGUCAUUCACACUGUGUCACCCGUUCAUAAUUUGGGACGAGACAUUUACUUCCAUGUUAACGUUGAUGGUACCGAGAACCUGUUGCGUGUUGCUCGUGAAAAUGGUGUCGCUGCUUUCGUCUACACCAGUAGCGCUGGUGUCGUUUUUGACGGUCAUGACUUGAUUAAUGUGAAUGAGGAAUGCCCUUUGCCUGAGAAACCCAUGGAUGCCUAUAACGAGUCGAAGGCCAUGGCCGAGAAGGCUGUCAUUGAGGCCAACUGUCCUGAAAUGAAGACUGUUGGUCUUCGUGUCGCUGGUUUGUUUGGUCCUGGAGAUCGUCAGAUGGUUCCUGGUAUGAUGAACGUGUUGAAGAACAAUCAAACAAAGUUCCAACUCGGAGACAACCUCAACCUUUUUGAUUUCACUUACAUUGAAAACGCUGCUUACUCUCACUUGUUGGCUGCCGAUAAGUUGCUUGCCGGCGCUAAGGGUGUAGAUGGUCAGGUGUACUUUAUUACGAACGGCCAGGUUAUUUACUUCUGGGAUUUCCCUCGUGCUCUCUGGGCUCACGUUGGUCACGUUCCUCCUUACAUCAUUAAAAUGCCUCGUGCUAUUGGUCUUGUGUUGGCUGGCCUGGCCGAAUGGGCCUGUGCCAUUCUCGGAAAGGAACCCGGUUUCACUCGUUUCCGUGUUAAAUUCAGUUGUGCCAACCGUUACUACGACAUCAGCAAGGCUAGAACUUUAUUGGGUUAUGAGCCUAAGGUUGACUUGGAAGAAGGUAUUCGCCGGACGUUGAAAUGGGUGGAUGAAACGAAGCAGUGAGCUUCGACUCGCCUCAUUUCCGUUCCUGACGAGCAACUGUCUUGAGAGUUUAGUACUCACACACAUUCUGAUCUUUCUCUCUAUGUUCCCUUAUUCAGACGCCAACACACACACACACAUCGCACACACUCCUUGGUUAACUUCUUCUCCUAGGGUUUUGUAAUGCUUGUUAUGCCAAUGUCCAAUUCUAAAACUCCAGGUCUCAUGAUUCUGUGAUUACAAGACGACCUCCUGCGUCUACGAAAUUACGGAUACGUUUAUGACAAGACGUUCAAAUUCGUAUGGUCUUAUUUACCUUUUGAGUUUGGUAAAUCCGAUAUUAUAUCUUUAGGACCCGAGCGGUUUUGUCAAUAGUCUUUAAGAAACACCCCUGCAUAUGGGUAUGUACGGACACGAAAAACUCUCUUCUUUUGAAUAGUAAUUAUCAUUCAUCUGCAACAUCUUGUGUA